GCAGUCGCGUUUCCGCCUCGUCACUUCCGGUUCCCUUCCUUCUGGUAGCGAGACGGUGUGUGUGCAGCUGUUGUAUUCGGCGCAAAGAUGGCAAUGCGGCAAACUCCGCUGACCUGCUCCGGUCACACCCGGCCUGUGGUGGACCUGGCUUUCUCCGGGGUCACACCGUACGGGUUCUUCCUUAUCAGCGCAUGCAAGGAUGGGAAGCCCAUGCUACGUCAGGGUGACACUGGAGAUUGGAUUGGAACAUUUCUGGGCCACAAGGGGGCAGUCUGGGGGGCAACACUGAACAAAGAUGCUACGAAAGCUGCUACAGCUGCUGCAGAUUUCACUGCGAAAGUCUGGGAUGCAGUCACAGGGGACGAGUUGUUCACUUUGGCUCACAAGCACAUUGUAAAGAGUGUGAACUUCACCGAGGACAGCGUUCAUCUUCUGACAGCAGGACAAGACAAGCUUUUGCGCAUUUAUGACCUCAACAAGCCGGAAGCUGAUCCUGAGCAAAUUGGGGGUCACACAUCGGCUAUUAAGAAGGCUUUGUGGUAUAACAAUGAAAGGCAGAUCAUCUCUGCAGCUGAUGAUAAAACUGUGAGGUUGUGGGACCGAGCCAGCAUGACAGAGAUAAAAACGCUUAACUUUAAUUUAUCGGUCAGCAGUAUGGAGUACAUUCCAGAUGUGGAUACGCUGCUAAUCACAUAUGGCAGAACUAUAGCGCUGUACAAUACAUCCAGUCUUGAGCUGAUCAAGUCGUUUGAAGCUCCGGCCUCCAUCCAUUCUGCAUCGCUCCAUCCAGAGAGAGACUGUAUUGUGGCAGGAGGAGAUGACUUCAAGCUGUACAAGUACGACUACAGCAGUGGAGAGGAGCUGGAAUCCUACAAAGGUCACUUCGGUCCAGUCCAUUGUGUGCGCUUCAGCCCAGACGGGGAACUGUACGCCAGCGGAUCAGAAGACGGUACAUUACGCCUCUGGCAGACAGCAGUGGGAAAAACGUAUGGAUUGUGGAAAUGUGUUCUGCCAGAGGAGCUGGUCUCUGAGAAUUCAGACUCAAUCUACAACACAUCUGCUGAAAUUAAAGCCUGAAGUGCCUCGAACGGCAUUGCGAGACGUGCAGAUAUCGAGACUCUGAAAAUGGCAGACGCUUGUGGAAGUGCGCACUCCUCCCAGCAGCAGCAUUGGAGGUAGCAGAUUGGCAGAGGACACACAAGUUAUUCCAGCCAUGUGGUAGACUGUUCGGAGAUGGGGAAAAAAAAAGAUUCAUUUUUUUGGGAGUUUUGUCUGACUCCGGCCUGAUUCUGACCACUUUGUGACAUUUAUCAUUAUUGUAGUUCCACUUCUGUGAAUAAAGUGUAUGGGGAAUGACUGUA